AGUUGACAAGGCUCCGAGGGCAUCACCUCAGUCUGAAUAAGGAAAUAGAAUUGGCAUCGCAACCUGGAAGGAUUUAGAAUAAUUUCUAAUGGCAGCAUGUUAUUCACUCUCUUGGUUUGAAAGUACAGCAGUACCAUUGUCACAGUUUCUGUGCAUGGAAUGAAGCUAGUGAAUGCUACAGACUGUGCCCAUGGCCUAGACGGAAAAAAUGAAGAAUGGAAAGUGUAGGAGAAGGUGGAGUUAUGGGAUGCACCUGCUACAUAGACCUUUCCUGGAUGGGCUGGAAGAGGAGAAGGAAAAGGAAGGUUCUGUAGCUUGAUGGGAACCUUUGGGAGUGAGGGGGGUGUUCAAAACUGUGGCUGAUUCAUUUUCAGGUGAAAUAACUUGAAAAACUGUUUCUAUGCAAGAUCAUUCUGCUACUGACAAAGUUGCAAAGUUGAGAAUGGCAAGAUUGUGUUCAAACCAUAAUCCUCUACAAAAUGUAUUACAUCUGCCUGCAUUCAGAGGGUCUAUAACGAAGUGAAAUUUCGACCAUCUUGGACCCAAAGAGUCCACUUGUGUGCUCUGGGGUAAGAAUUUCCCCUUCCAGCUGCAGUUCCUGAUGUGGAUCUUUGGGAUCCUACCCUAAGUUGCAGCACAGAACGCUUAUAAGGGAGACUUCCAAGUGCCCAAAGUCAUGAGACACUGUGUGUGAAAGUUAAGCAAUAGUGCAAUCCUAUCCAAAAGAAAGUCCUAUUGAUAUCAUUGGAACUUACUGCCAGAUAAAUAGGCUUACCGCCUUGAAGUCUCAUUUCACUGGAAGAAUUAAUUAGCAGUUGCGCAACUCUCUUCCAUCGAAAUCAAUGGGACUGUAAAAAGUGUUUCAUUGUGCGUAAUUUCACCUGGACGAACCCUAGUGUAGUAUAUAGCAAGCAGAAAGAUAAGAUUUGCGAGAAAUAAUAUGCAAUGGAAGCUGAUCUGAGUUGUCCCCCUUUCACUGAAAUUCAUGGGAGGCUGCAGGAGAUCAUCAAGAAAAUGUCGAGGCAGCGCGAGGCGACCUGGUAAGCGCCUUCCUUGCCAAUAACAUUCUUCCUCGGACAACCCGUCUGCUGCGCAGGCCGGCCCUUCCCGCAGGGCUGCGCUGCGCCCUCUAGCGCUCGGCCGGAGUCCUGCGUCCUAACCUGCGCCCAGGACCAGGAGGAAACGGCAUCGGCUGGGUGCGCGCACCGACGAAGGUUCCCCAAGCGAAGGUCGCUCUCCCCAUUGCCAUGGAGCGGAAGGUGGCCAGGGAAUUCAGGCACAAGGUUGACCUGCUGAUUGAUAGUGAAGCAGAGAAAGAUUAUCUCUAUGAUGUGUUGCGGAUGUACCAUGAAUCCAUGAAUCUUCCAGUGUUGGUGGGAGAUCUGAAGUAUGUAAUCAAUGAACCAAGCCGACUGCCCUUAUUUGAGGCCAUACGCCCUCUCAUCCCAUUAAAACAUCAAGUGGAGUAUGAUCAGUUAACACCUAAACGAUCUAGAAAACUGAAGGAGGUGAGGUUAGAUCGUUUGCAUCCUGAAGGACUUGGGAUAAGUGUGAGAGGAGGUGUCGAAUUUGCCUGUGGCCUUUUUAUUUCUCAGCUAAUGAAAGGUGGACAAGCAGACAAUGUUGGACUUCAGGUUGGAGAUGAGAUUGUUCGAAUAAAUGGAUACUCCAUUUCUUCAUGUACUCAUGAAGAAGUGAUCAAUCUUAUUCGCACAAAGAAAAUUGUGUCUAUAAAAGUGAGACACGUUGGCAUGAUACCUGUGAAAAGUUCUACUGAUGAGCCUCUCAAGUGGCAGUUUGUAGACCAAUUUGUAUCAGAUCCUGGGGAAGGUAAAAGCAGUGUUGCAGGUCUUGCAUCAUCUGGAGGAAAAAACCACAAAGAAAAGAAAGUUUUCAUUAGCUUGAUUGGUACAAAGGGCAUGGGAUGCAGCAUUUCCAGUGGUCCCACACAAAAACCAGGCAUUUUCAUAAGUAAUGUUAAACCACAUUCUCUGUCUGCAGAAGUAGGGUUAGAGGUUGGUGAUCAGAUCGUUGAAGUAAAUGGAAUGGACUUUUCUAAUGUGGAUCACAAAGAGGCUGUGAAGGUGUUGAAAAGCAGCCAAACCCUGACUAUCACAGUUGUAACUGGAGCCGGAAAGGAGCUGUUUAUGACUGAAGAGGAGAAGCAGAGGGAAGAGACUAGCCGUGAGUUGGAGCGGCAAGAACUGAUGCGCCAGAAGAGGCUUGCACUGGAGACCAAUAAGAUCCUGAAAGAACAGCAAGAAAAGGAGAAAUUGCGAAAAAUGGAGAUUGCACAAAAAGCUGCAGAGGAGGAGGAAAGAUACCGUAAAGAAAUUGAACAGAUAAAGGCAGAAGAGGAGAAAUUUAAAAAGCAAUGGGAAGAAGACUGGGGUCAUAAAGAGCAAUCAAAGCCUUCCAAAACUGUAGUUGCAGAAGUACAUAGGCCUCCUCAUCAUAAACAUCGAACUUUUGGGUGGUUUUAUCGGUAUGAAGGAAAAUUUCCCACAAUUCGCAAGAAAGGCAAAGAAAGAAAGAAAUCCAAAAGUGACAGUCUCACUGAGCAGAAAAAGAGCAAAAUGCAGCUGGAGUUUGAGCUAAAGCUUCUCAAGGAAAAGGAAGAGAAGCUAGAAAGAGAAAAGCAGCUGAAAAUCAACCGGCUUGUACAAGAGGUAUCUGAGACUGAACGAGAAGAUUUAACGGAAUCAGAAAAAACUCAGCACUGGGUGGAAAGGCUUUGUCAAACACGUUUAGAACAAAUCUCCUCUGUGGAGAAUGAUUCUCCUGAGACAACAGGUGUACGUCCCGCUGUUUCUCCUUCUGCUACAUCUGUGCGGAGGUUUGCUGGUGGUUUGCAGCUCCACACCACUGACCUUGACGAUAUCAGCUUAGAUUAUGUUGGCAAGCCUCCAAAACGCCCAGCACCUCCGCCUCCAUUGCCCCAUGCAACUCCUGUAUUCCCAGGCACUUACCCACCUCCUCCACCAAGUGUCCCAGCUCCUAGGGGACCGCCUCCAAUGCCCUCUCCUGCAGCAUCAUGGAUUACAUUGCCUUCUCCUUCCUGGGUGCAUGCUGCACCUCCUUCCCUGUCACCCCCAUCUUCUCCCCCAUCCCCUCCUGCUCCGACUCUCCAUCCUGUGCCUACUCACUUGGAAGAAAGGAUGGGCAGCCACAGCUAUCAGCCUAAUGGGCCAGCAGACUCAAUGAAUGACUGGGAAAUGAAAAGCUACAAGGGAAGGAGCUUUAGUCCAAUUAGUUCUCAGACCAGUGAGCAGACCUAUUUAUCCAAUCCAAAGGUUGCACGAAAUACAAGUCACCUCAGCAAAAUGUCGUCUGCAUCAGGCAGCCCAUUGCAAUUUUCUCCAAGCCCUCCUGCCCUGCGUCGCCCAGCUGUACCUAUAGUCUCCAAACCUGUCAUGCUGCAUCCUGACCACAAUAUCAUGGUCAGACCAGCAAUCAAAUCAGAAGCCCUGCCUCAAGAGAUGUUUAAAAGGAUGGUGGUUUACAAUUCAUCAUUUAAAAAUAACAAAAAACAAGGCUUCCAGAAGUAUGUGGAAAACUUUGAUCCCUACACAAUGUUUUCACCUGAUCAGAUUAUGGGGAAAGAUGUGCGACUUCUGCGCAUAAAGAAGGAAGGCUCAUUAGAUCUUGCAGUAGAAGGAGGCAUCAAUUCACCAAUUGGAAAAAUAGUGGUUUCUGCUAUUUAUGAAGGUGGUGCUGCAGACAAGCAUGGAGGCAUUGUGAAAGGGGAUGAAAUCAUGGCUGUGAAUGGCAAGAUAUUGUUGGAUGUUAAACUGGAUGAAGCUCAGGCGACUCUUGCAAAAGCCUGGAACAUGGGUGGGGAUUGGAUUGAUUUGGUCAUUGCUGUGUCUCCUCCCAAGGAAUAUGAUGAUGAAAUGACAUUUUUUUAAGAUGGGAGAAACAAAACAUAAGCAUUCUGAAGAAAUCUACCAAUGUAUAGGUAUCAAGUUACUUUUAUCAAAUCAGACUUCUAUCAGUCAAGAAGUGUGAAUAAGAUGAACAUGAGAUUCUGCAAAUCAUUCACGGCCUUGUGUUUGAACUCUCAGAGCAGCAUGUCAUUUUAUUUCCUCUCAUAAGCCAUGGUUUGUGGUUGCUUAUAACUGCCAACAGCUGAAUAAUUCAUUGGAGAUGAUAAAAAGAGCCAGGGGCCAAUUCUGAAACUGCCCUAAGUACACUACAGGUGAAAUUGUUUAGGAGAGUUCGAUCCUUUCUCAAAGGAAGAUAUAGCACAAUCCUAUACAUGAGUAAUUUUCUAACAUACUAAUACUUAAAGCACAGAAGAUAGGGGAAAAUUCAGCGGGGAUACUGAUGAUAUAAAUAACUCAAUGCUUAAUGCGUUUCUGAAUUGCUAUUUUGAAUCUUUACAGAUACAGCAUUUACAUUUUCUUAAUUACUCUAUAUUCAAAAAUGAUUUUUGUUUUUAUGUUUCACAUCUGCUGUUGUUCCAGUGUGCCAAGAUAUCCAAAUAUACAGCAUAAUUUCUAAACUGCCUUUUAAUGCAAUAGUGUAUUUUGAAAAUAAAAUGGUAAUUCCCAGA